UACUGAAAAAAAGAAUUUUUUUGAUCAAUCCUAAAAGUUAAACGACUAGUAACGUGUCAUUAGGAACAGAAAUCUCUCUCUCUCUCUCUCUCUGAUUCCUUUGCUCCCAAGCUUCUUCCUUUUUUUUCAUUUCUUCUAUAAUUCUUGCUUCACUUCUCGUUUUUUUCACUAAAAAGUACGUACUGUUCUGCCACGGUCUUGCUUGCACCACAACUACUUUCAAGUUUCAUCUCACGAGGUUGUUCCUGUGUGCGUCACCAUUCGUGUAUCGGCCAUUCCAAGUGAUCAAUCCAGUUCAUAUUGUUGUUUGUUCUCAGUGAAGGUUUGCAUGAUUUGUGAAAAUGUCCCCUGACUUGGAGAUAAAGAGCCAAUUGGAGAAUAUAAACGCCCCUGCAUUUUCGGAACUAAAUGUUCUUGAGCCUAGGGAAAACGGUGAGGCUGAUGAUUGUGCCCGGGAAAUGAUGUCAAUUGAACAAACUCCUCUGUGUAAGGGAGAUAAGGAUGUAGAAGUUAAUAUCACUGAGUGCAAAAAUUCUGGCAAAGCUUUGAUGGUGUUAGAUUUCGGUGAGGAUGAUGUCACUGAGAGUGCCAGCUCCUUUGGUGAUACAGGUUCAGGCUCGGAGAAUGCUGUAACUGCUUCCUACGGUGAUCCAGAAGUUGAAUCACAAAUGUCUUCUGACAGUGCAUUCUCAUCAAUGUGUGAUGAUUGGCAUGAAUCAGUCCGACGAAGAAAGAAAAGAACAACAGAUCAUUGGAAGAGGUUCAUAAGCCCGAUUACGUGGCGCUGUAAGUGGAUUGAGUUGAAACUGAGGUCACUUCACUCUCAAGAACGUAAAUAUGAAAAAGAGCUUGCGGCACUCAAUUAUACAAAGCAGCUUGAUUUUUCACACUUAACAUUAGAUGGUUCCGGCAUCAAAUCGGUACCUAUUUCUGGUCGGAUGCAUAGGAAUAAAAUUAUGAAGAGGAAAAAAAGAGUAAGAGUUGAAGAGAAAUGUGAUUUAGCAUCACACAUGUCUAACCAUACUUUAUUCUCCUACUAUGAGAAAGCAAAUUGUAAUGUUGAGGUUGGUUUGGGAGAUAGUCACAAAGUUGCAAUAGGUGCUGAAAUUGAAAAUUUGGUAGAGUUCAAGUCUUCUGUUGAUUUGCGGUAUUCUCAGGAUUAUUAUGAUAAUGACAAGUCCUGGAAUGACAUCAUUCAAAAGAUUAUAGAAAUACAGUCUCGAGUUCAAAAUUUGAAAAAUAGAUAUGAGAAGGUGAUCGGUGAAAAUCCAGGAAAAUUUUGUUCUGUAAAUCAAUUGAGCAUGCUUGGACCGUCUGAUGGACAUAAUCAUUCUGAUUUAAAGCCUGACUCUUUUGCUGGAAAUGCAUCAUCGGGUGAUCACAGGAUAGCUCCGCGGGAAGAUAACAAGGAUGAAGAUCUUACACAAUAUCAGGUAGCCAAGGAAGAAUUGCAUGAGGAUGAUGUGCAUAAUGUCAAUGUGAAUUAUACUUUGAGAUCAUGUUCUGCAUUGAAGAAAUCUGGUAUAAAGAGGUCAAGGACAUCGCAUUAAGUGAAUCUGAUUAGAGUUCGCACAGAUUAAGGAACUGAUAAUUCUACAAACAUGUCGGAAACUGCUUAGGAGGGAAUGUAUAUAUGCUGGUCUAUUAACAUCAUGUACAAUGUGUAAAUUCUGGUCGUGUGUUCCACUCUUUUGCAACAUGCAAUUAUUUUAGUUGUACAUGAUGUUAAUAUGGCACCAUGCUCUAUUCUUUAGCCAUAAAAAAAAUAUUUCUUGUUAGAACUAUUGCACUAUACCUUCUUUGCCUUUGAGAUGUUUCAAAAUGAAGGUUUUUGCUCAUUCAAAUAAUUACUAAUGUUUGCACAUCUCAAAAAUAUUGAUUUUGCACAAAAGUGUUGAUUAGUGUAAGGGAGAUAUGGUAAAAUGCAGAUACCACUCUAUUCUAAUUGCCAUUGUAACAUUAUCAACACUAUUCUAAUGCAUUAUUCACAUGCCAAAGCGAAUUGUGAACCGU